AUGAAAAAGUAUAAAGGUAUCAAUAGUCAGAUAAUUAACGAAAGGCUUUUUGAGAAGUAUUGCCAGUCUCAAAAUUAUUAUUACACAAGAGAUAUUAAUGAUAUUUUGAGCGAUGCCACUACAAAAGGAGUAAUCAGAUAUAAAGAUUGGAAUUGUUAUGAUGAAGAAGAUGAAUACCUAAAACGUAGUUACAAGUUAGGUGAGUAUCCUUCCAAAAUAGCGUUAUUAGCUGAAUAUUAUAAAUUCCAUAGUGAUAUUGCAAGAAUCUUCUAAGAACCAGUGGCAUCGAUGCUAAACAAGUAUUAUGAUAAAAAGAGAAAAUACGAGUAUUAUAGAAUAGCUAAGCUAAUUGAAGAUGAGAAUAAGAAAAAUCCACAUAAACCUCCUAAAGGAAUUGUUGGAGAUAAACCAUCCCCAUUAAACUCAUAGGAAUCUAAUUAAAAUAAUGAAGAAGAGUAAAAUGAGUCAAAUCUAUAAAAUAUUCAAAUUUUGAAGGAGCUGAGUUGGUUAAAUUAAUUAUAAUAACAUGGUGAGAAAUCAGUUAAGAUUAAACAUGAUGUAUCAUAGACAUUAAAUGAAAUUUGUAAAUAGAUGGGAAAUUACCAUGACUAAUCUUCGUUAUUUAUUCCAUAAAAUGUGAAAUCAGAAGAAAUGAAAUUAGAAAACUUUCUCACUUAUUUAAAUAAAAAAUAAAUCAACCAAAAGAAAUAUACUAGUUAACCUUCAGAUUAACUUAUACAGUCCUUAUUAUAAUUGCAAUAACCAAAAAAUUAGAGUAAUAUUUAGAAGAAAAUUGAAAUCAAUUAUUUGCUGAAAACAUAAAAUAAUGAAUAUCCAAAUAAUAAAAAUUAUAAUUUUAUUAAAAAUUCAAUAGAUUAUUUGAAUAGAAAGUAAGCAAAAAAUAAGAUAUCUAUUGAUGAAAUGGCAACAAAAAUUGAUAGCAGAUUAAGCGAAUCCUUAAAGCAAAAGCCGAAAAGUUAAUUGAUUACAAAUUAAAUUAAUAAUAAAAAUGCUUCUCCAACAGCUUAAUUUAACUCCAAAAUUACAAUUGGAUCAUUUGCAAAUAUUAAAACCUAACAAUCUCAACCUAAUCAGAACAAGAAUUAUAUUGCCAAAUUAUUAAUAGAAGAUGAGUAGAUUUCACCUGAUACAAAAUGGAAAAAUGGUGCUUUAACACAUCGUCCUAUUUCUGGUACUCAAAAUUUUUUCAAUUCUGACAGAAACAGUCCAUUUUAUAAGAAAGUGAAAUCGGACAACUUUAAGUUCUAAAAGGCAAAAACACAACAUCAAUACAAUAAUAAUUUUAAUUCUAAAAAUUUGGUAAGCAACCAACCAAAAUCAAGGAAAACAACUUCAUAAAAUAUUCAUGUAAGACAAUCCUCUAAUUAAGAAAGAUUCAUGACUUUUCAUAAUAAUGAUAUUAAUGAAUAUAAGAACAAAAACGCCAGGCUAUUGUUUCAAGAUUUGAAAUAAUCUUCAUGUCAUAAAAAACAUUUUUCAGAUAGCAGAGGCUUACAUAAUAAAGAACAACUAAAUGAUUUAGUUUGUCUUACUGAAAGAGGAUCUAAUUUUGAAUUUUUAUUAAAAAACAAUCAAACUUAGUAAUGCUCACCAAAGGGACAUCAUUUUAAAAAGAUGAAUAGUGGCACAUUUAAUCCUCCAAAACCUAGUAUCCCUUUAGAAAAAGGAACUUUAAUACAGCAAAUGAUUAUAAAAGUAGCCAAGCAAAACCAAUAAAAAUAAAUCAAUAAUAAUAAUAAUAAUAAGAUAACAUACAAACAUUCUUGA